CUUGCUCCCACCCAUUCGUUUCAGGUACUUUAGGCACACAGAGCCCAACUGAAAUUCACAAAAUUACUUCAGAGAAAAGCGGCAUUUGCAAUUUUUCUCAUGCAAAUAAAAGACAACAGAGAUAACAAACCACGUGUUUGUUUGCUGAGCGUUCUUUUGCAACCAUUGCUUAUCUGAGAAAAAGCAGCUGGAGAUUAUAAAGUGCUAGAAUUCCCAGAAGUAGGUGAGAUGCAGGCAGCUGGUCGGUUUCGCUUUUGUUGGAGUCUAACUUGGACACCGAUUUUAUCGCCUUUGUGUUCCCUUUGGAGUCUACAGGAUCAUGGAGGUUUAACAGGAGACCUUAGAACUUUAUAAGGAUGACCAUUUCCACACGACACAAACCAGUAGUAAAAGUGCAGCUGGCCAGGUGCUACGUGGCCUGAAGGCAGGCUGGUCUGGCUGCUUCCAACUCUCUUAUGACCUGAGGCUGCAGGCAGUAGUCCCAAGGCUAAAAGACAAAGCUGACAAUGGCAGCAGCAGCAGCAGCAUGUCAUUGCUGCUUUUUGUCAGUGCCCAGAGCCCUCCUCAGAAUAUCUCAGCCAUAACCUGUGUGUGUGUUGAGGUGAGAUCUCUGCCACUGCUGUCCCUUCUGUUCCCAAAGGAACUGGGCUGGCAAAGGGAAGCUGACAGCUACUAAGAAACACGGACACAGACCGUUUCAUAGCACAACUGUACAAUCAGUAUUGUAGCACCUCAGCCAUAUGGCAGUGUGUGAUAUCUCAUGGACAGCAUGGGUUUGGACAUCUUUUGAUUAGGUUGAUUCCUCUAAAACAUCUGCUGGUGCUCCCUACAUCCCAUGGAGAGGACAGAGCAUUGCUCACUGUUGCUGGUCUGGUGACUCCCUGUCAGGGUCAUGGCUGGGAAGAGGGAAGGGAGACAAAGACUUGUGUGUCUGAGUCAGGCUUUCUGCCCAGCCCACACCUUCCCCGAUAAAAGCCCUGCAGCCACAAUCACCUGGGUCACACACGUUCACAAUGUGGCCCCUCUUUGGCAUACACGCUCUCCUUGUAGUGAUUGUUACCCUGAGUCCUGGGGCUGCUGCGGCGCAGAGUGAAAACGAUGUCACUGGAGAAGAUGUCUAUCCCCCUCUGUGGGACCUGGCCCCUGAAAACCUUCUGGAUUUCCCAGUAAAGGACAACAAAAUUGUGAUCAGUGCUUGGAACUAUCGAGAUCGACUGGGAGUAUAUAAGAGCUUGCUAAAUGCUUCAGCCAAAUAUUUUGCUGCCUUUGGACCCCAAAACAGUGGCAAUAUUCUCUGGGGAUUACCAUUGCAGCAUGGGUGGCAAUUUCAUACAGGUAGGUUAGCAGAUCAUUCUGGUGGGACUUCCUGUGGCUAUGAAAAUGGAGAGCUUCUGUGCCAAUCUGUAAGAAGCUGGUGGUCCUGUAUGAAUUACUAUCUGGCUAUUAUACCCUUUCUGGGGGCAGUGGAGGCUGGCCUCUUUGGGCAGCUGCCGUAUGAAAUAGAAAUAUUGCCACCAGAAGAGCAAAAAGAUGAUUUUUGUUAUAGUGUUAAAGACUGCUGGACUCGCAUGCCCGAGCUCAUGGAUGACUGGAAGGCCUUUUUUGAAUAUCUGUUAUCUACAGAACACAAAGGUGUGAGCUCUGCCAGCUUCUCUUCCUUCAAACUGGAUGAUGCCCUUGGCCUCAUGUGGAAGGCACAUGUCACCUCCAUCGCUUAUGGACUCCCCAAAUUCCAGGACAGAUUAAAAUAUCUCUUUCAUCCAGAAGCAACUUUUGGUGAAGACUGGGCUAAUGGUGUAGAUUUCAUUGCCGCCACACACUUCAGUACAGACUUACCAACCACAAACACCUUCCAGGCUUUCCUCCCCCAGAGGAUGCUUGUUGAAGGGGAUGUCCUCCCCUUCAUUAGUGACUUCAGUCCAGAGCAAAAUAAGGUGUUGGUGUCACUGAGAGCUCUUCAUGAAGCAAAUGAAUUAACAGGAGGAUUGCUGCUGAAGCUCUGGAAAAAGGCUAUGUCCACCGAGGCAGGAAGAAAAAUGGGCCGAAAACUGCUUGAAAACUUGACUUCGAGCCAGAAGCUCAAACUACUUGACCUAGUAGAAAUUUAG